AUGCAGCGCCUUAAAGAAGCAAUUUACGGCUGCCCCAAAGUGCCACCGCGGGUCCGCACCAAACCCAUGCAAGUCCUAUGUGUGGGUAUAUCCCGUUCGGCGACUGAAUCGCUCGCCGUCGCCCUGCGCAAGCUUGGUCUCGAGACGUACCACGGCUGGGACAUGAUCAUGGAGGACAGCGCACGAACCCAACAGGACUGGAACGAUUUGGCACGUAGGAAAUACUGCGGCGAACCGGACGGCGAUGUUCGGAUCUCCAGCGCCGAGUUCGACAAACUCCUCGGCCAUGCGGAGGCCGUGGUGGACAUUGCAGGGUGGACGUUUGCGCCAGAGCUCAUCGCCGCGUAUCCCGAUGCAAAAGUCAUCCUGAACACGCGCCGUGAUCUUGACGCAUGGCAUCGGAGCAUGGCGCAAUCGGUUUUGAAAGAGGCCGAGGACAGCUGGUUCAUGUGGUUCAUGCAUUUUUGGACCGCGGAGCUGUUUUGGUCAUGGGAAAUGUGUUUCUGUAAUGUGUUUCCGGCAUUCUAUCGAAGUCCGUGGCCGCACACGGCAAGGGCAGGUGUCGUUCGUAACGGCAAGUGGGUCUAUCGUGAGCACUGCAACGCGAUCAGAGGUCUCGUGCCGAAGGAGCGGUUGCUGGAAUGGAGUGUUGAGGAUGGCUGGGAGCCUAUCUGCAAGGCAAGUGGAGAUUCCUUCCUGGGCAAAGAAGCGCCGAAGGAACCGUUUCCGCACGCCAAUAAUCCGGCUGACUUCAAGAAGACCGUUGAAAAGAUGGUUAAGCCCCGUUAUGCCAAGGGUUUUCGUAACUUGGGGUUGUUUUUGGCCUUCUUUAUUAUCCUCGUUACAGCGGUGGUCCUUGGGAUGAGGGAAGGUGGCGGUCCGUGGAAUACACUCACUUAG